AUGGACCCCAGACUUCAAAAGAGCCCAGGAAAACAAUUAACAUUUUAUUAUGAAAAUGAAGUCUACAAACAAGACUACUUCAUCAAAUCGCCACCUCCGCAGCUUUUCUUCUCGGUGCCCUCUUGGAAAAGACGGCUUUUCAUCCUGUCAAAGAGUGGGGAAAAGGGCUUUAGUCUUUCCUAUUACAAAGACCAUCAUCGUCGUGGUGCCAUUGAACUUGAUCGAAAUUCCAGUGUCGAAGUUGGCAUAAGCAGCCAGGAAAAGAUGCAAUCUGUGCAGAAAAUGUUCAAAUGCCACCCUGAUGAAGUGAUGUCCAUCAGAACCACGAACAGGGAAUACUUCCUCAUCGGCAGUAACAGGGAGAAGAUUAAAGACUGGGUCUCCUUCAUGUCAUCAUUUUGCCGGGAUAUAAAAGCCACACAUCAGAGAGCAGAGAAGAAACUCCCAAUGGGUGAGAAAAGGCCUACUUCAGACCCCAGCCCUCUCCUCGGUCUUCCCAGCACACUGCAUGCUGUCGGCUCCACCUCGUCUAGGAAAAGCCUUCCAGGCAUGCAUUUAACGGAAAAUAGUUCUCCAGGAUACAGGCAAAAUUAUCUACCACAUGAUUUCUCCUCGAAGACCACAGAAGAUGCAGAAGAAGAAAAUUAUUACCUCAGUCCUCGAAGUAUUCGUUUAGAGUUGGACAAUAUUGAUUCUGCUGGUUCGGAUGACCCUAUCAAAUCUGGUUGUCCAAAACAGGUCUCCAUGAGAUCUGAGCAUCAUUACAUGUCAAUGAAAUCCUGUUUUUUCGAGGAAACACCCGAGGAGUCUGCUGAAAACCAAAAAGAGUUCCAGAUUCUUCCAGAGACCCAAGAUAGGGGACUUCACCUGCAGGAACAAGGCUUGGGAAGUGAUUCGUGUCUUACACCUGCCAAUACAGAAGCACAGACCACAAAUGACAAAAAGGGGUUGGCCUCACUCACUGUUGUGCAGUUGUCUAUCUUAAUCAAUAACAUCCCUGAUGAAAGCCAAGUGGAGAAACUGAACGUGUUCCUUUCUCCUCCUGAUAUCAUAAACUAUCUUGCUCUCAUAGAAGCCGCAGGACGAAUAUGCGUGGCUCGCUGGGAAGGCCCCCCACACCUGGGAUGCUUAUUCUGCCACGGAGAUCAUGUUUUGGCAGUGAAUGACCUGAAGCCCCAGAGCCUGGAGGAGGUCUCCUUGUUUCUCACCCGUUCCAUCCAGAAGGAGAAAGUAAAACUCACCAUCGGCCGGAUCCCAAAUUCAGAAAAAUUCCAUGGUCUAGCCUGUACCUGCUCCCUAAAAUACCAAGGCGUUGCAGCUCUUCAACAGAAGUCUGAUCUGGAAAGGAUCCUAAAGAGGAGUCCAGCCCAGAAAAAGGGCCAGCAAAAAGGAGCUGAAGAUUAG